AUGUUAGAACAACAGUAUAAUCGACAACCGUCCAGAAUGGCACGAUACGUGACAUUGGUGGCAUUUGUCGGGUGUCUAGUGCUGCUAAGUAAUUUUACACCCUUAGUUAAGGCACGUGUAAUCGUGCGCCGGCAGGCAGAAGAAUCCGUGCCAACGGUGGUGGUUCCAAACGCUGCAGAAGGAUCUGCAACGGAGCUAGUACCGGAAGUGACAACUUUGGUCCCAUCUGAUGAGGAUACGGGCGCUAAGGUGGCGACAACUCCACCACGACCUAACGAUCGCUUCGAACAGUUUCCGGCCGAUGGUUUGAAUUCGGACAGUGCCGUCAUUUCAUCUGCAAAUGAAAGUGACGAUGAGUUGACAUCUUCCGUUUCGGACACGGUGGAACAGCAAUCGAACGGUACGGAAGAGGAAGAAUCUAAUGCUAGCACUACACUUGCACCAUCGGCUGAAGAAUCCGUGGCUCGAGAUUCAUCCAGUACAGGGGAGGAAGAUAGCGCAAGUGCUGGAUCAUCCCAAGGAACGAAUGAAUCGCUAAGCGUCAACAGCCAACAGCAAUCGGACGCUGACGAGUCGGAUAAGAGUGAGGAUUCAACGGAAAUGGUGACGGUGGUGAAUACGGCACCAUCGGCCGAAUCGGUUGCAAACAAUGAAAUUACCACACCAGCUCCAACAGCCGCCCCAGCCCAUGAUUCAGAUGCCCCAAAUGAGGUAGGCUCUGAGGGCGAAAGUCUUAGCAGUGGUAGUGGAUCCUCGUCGCUUGAAUUGCGGACAUCGGAAUCGGAACCGUCGGGCGAAUCGGACCAAAGUUCGAGACCUGAAAGCACAGAGCAGCAGCAGGACUCACAGGCCGAGGAAACCACCACCGAGGUCAGAGCUGAUGAGGAGGAUGUCGUCACAACCGUCCCGCUUACCGGCGCCAACCCAGACGUCGAAACAUUAGACGCCCCUAGCUCCAAUCGUACCGACGAUGGCGAACGGGUCGACUUAAGUAGGUACACGGCACCAUCAAACAUCUCGCAAGGGAACGAAAAUGCCGCUGUCGAAGAGGUAUCGCUCGAUAACGCGGACAGAGAACUCACUACGGAGGAACCGUUGGUGAUGACCACGGUUCCGACGGUGAUUGAAGAGUCGGAAGAUGAGUCCUCUGUCGGUGGAGCUCGCGUGAUCGAAAGUGUGGAAAGAAACAGUUCGAUCUCUGUGGAAAGGACACAGAUUGAAACGAAUGCAUACGAGGAAAGCUCGAAUGAGGUGGAACGUAACCAGACGCAGGCCGGUACGAUGCCAUCCCGUGCCAAGAAGGGUAAAUUCUUGGAUCAGUUCAAUGAGGAAACAACGGAGGACAAUGAUAUUAACCUGCCGAACGGUGCUGCUUGGGCGUUGGCCGGCAUGCGUAUGGUGGAGCGAAAGCAGUCCGACGUUGGACAGGCGGUGAGCGAAAGCACCGAAACGGUACGAGACGAGAAUGAGAAUGUAGCAGCCAACAACACGCUGAAGCAACUGAUGGAUUGGGCAAUCAUUAUGCAGCAAGCGGACUUUGCAAAUAGUUCGUUCGUGCGCUCUACCGUAGCGUCCGAUGAGCCCUCGAAGGACAGACGAACGUACGCCAAUAAGGUCCCAACAGUCGAGGGGGGCGAUGUUCUAAGCGAGGAGAAUCGGUUAACCGCGGUUGUGACGGAGGAACCACCAACAAGACCUGCUGUUGAAGGGGAGAGUGUGGCUACCGAAGCGGAAGACGCGAAUGUAGUGGACACAACGUUUGUCCCGUCGACCGAGAAGUCUGCUGGUGCUGGACAAGAGUUGGAAGAUUUCAAAUUUGAAGAUCGAUCUACUAGCACUACGGUAGCGAAUGAGGCCGUGGUUGGUAGUGAGAGUGGAAAUGUUGUUGCUACUACCACGAGGCGUACCUAUGAGGUCAGCGAAGAUGUAGACGAAACGGAGGUCUCUUCGAGAGUUCGUAAUACACCGGAAAUUCGUACCACGAGUACGACAACCCAACGAUCGGAUGCUAGCACUAGCUUUGGUAUGUUUGAAGACGUCCCGGUAACGACCUACGCUCCUGCGUCACCUAUUUUGAGACGUACCGAGCAAACUACGCCUCCGAUACCGCUAACGACCAUGAUCUCUCGCAUCGUUAGUACGAUGCCGGCAAGACGUCCAACUACCUUGCAGCAAGAUCUCGCCGCCAUGACAACUACCGACUUGCCGAUGAAAGAAAUUACAAGCACGGACAUGGGUAGUCCAUCCUCAUUCACAACCACAAUGGCAAACAGCGAGCCAUCUCGGCCAGUGGACCAGGACUGGACGGAAUCUUCUGAUGUCACUCAAAAUCUGCUUAAUCGCACCGACGAACAACCACUAGUGACUGCCACUUCAACAGUUGCAAGUGUUACAACCUUUGUGCCGAACUUGUCCAGCGCAACACUUACGAACAUUGUCGAGUUUGAUGAUGCUUCUAUCGGAGAAAGUUUAAUUGGUCAGCCGAGUGUAACGACGGAACGUUCCGAUUCCGUUUCUCAGGUGACUACCGAAGAAACCGCAGAUGACGGAGGCAAGGUUCCGAUCGUGCUGGAAGACAAGCAUGUGUACGAUACGGUUUCAACGACGAUCGUAGCAACAACCAGGACGACCACUUCUUCAUCCGUUCCAACGACGGAGCUCAGCUCGGCACAAGCGGUCGGUGUUUCGGCUGAAGCGUACACAACCCGUCGCACGAUUGAUCGUUCCAUGACGACUACCGAACUUUCGGAAGAGGAAUCCGUCACAGAGGAGGACUACAUUGAGCUGAACAAUGUGCCGGCUACGGGUGGUAACAAUCAGCCACAGGGCGAUGGUCAGAAUCAGACGGACCAGUCGGCACAGGGUGUGCCAAAGCAGGACACUAACGGUACGACGGAGCAGUCUCAGGGUGAACCAGCGGCGGAAGAGGAUAACAGUGUGGUCGUGGCUGUGGUGGCUAGUAUUGUGAGCGUGAUCGUGGUGCUACUACUGAUUGCGGCUUUCAUGUACUAUCCACCGUUGCAGAUCGUGUUCCGCAAGCGACAGAAUCAGGUCUCGUACGGACAACGCUGCCGUCCGGUUGGACUAGACGCGUACAGCCUGGACAAUGUGUCCGUGUACAAUAGUGUGCGCCGGAAGGGUAAUACGGCACGGAUGUCCAAACGUUCGUACGGAAAUUCGGCAUUUGAGGAUCCAAACUUCAAAACCAACCCGCUGACGGUGGCCGAGCUGGCAAACAUCAUCCACAACAAGACGGCAAUUUAUGACGAGUUUAAGGAGAUCCCGAACGUGACGGCCCGUGCGGAUGAGGUGCCGGAAGGAUGCGAGGAUAAGAAUCGGUACGCAAACGUAGUUCCAUUACCGGAAACGCGUGUUCAUUUGAAGCGCAUGAACGAUGAUGAGAAGACGGAGUACAUAAAUGCCAACUUUGUGAAGGGUCCUAAGGAUUCGGCCAACUAUUACAUUGCCUGCCAAGCACCGAUGGAAAACACAACCAACGACUUCUGGCGCAUGGUAUGGGAACAAAACUCGAAGGUGAUCAUCAUGGCGACGGAUUUGAGUGAGAACGGGGUGGAAAAAUGUGCCGAAUAUUUGCCACCCUCGGUUGUGCUGGAUAAUAGUCGCACAUUUGGAGAUUUCCAGCUCACGUUGAAAAAUCGCGAAAACAAGGAGAAGUACACAAUCUCGACGGUGCACAUGCGCCACACGCCCAGCAAUAAUCUGCGCGAGAUCAUGCACUUCUGGUAUCAGUGGCCGGAUACGGGUGUCCCGAUCGACGAAUCAUCCAUCAUUGGUAUGCUGCUGGAGGCACGCACCUACCUGAAACUUUCCCCCUCGGAGCUGGCCGAAUUUGCCACGAUCGCGGAGGAGACAGAGGAAUCGCCGGAAGCUGCUGCCAACGGAACGGAUUCCACUAAUACCACUAGCAAUAACAAUAAUAACAACAAUAACAACAAUGCCACUAGUAAUGGUACGACGGGUGCGGGCAAGGAACCGUCCAGCAUCGUUAGCAACGGAGGCACCAUGGACAAACACAAGUCAUUGCAACGAACUCAGGGACCACUCACAGUACACUGCUCGCCGGGAACGGGACGUACCGGAACGUUGGUAGCAUGUGACAUUGCACUGCGUCUACUAGAGGUGCCACCGCGUACGGUGGAUCUGCCACAAAUCGUUUACUACGUACGACGAGGACGAGCCAGCGCUGUCCGGACACGGGAACAGUACGAACUGAUCUACAGGGUAGCAAACGUGUACGCGACCAAGCUGACGGGACCAACCAUAGAGACAUAGGAAAGACUCAUUUAAAAUCAAGUAUUGUGAGUACGUUCGACACAACUCGGAUGAAGAUGAGCUGAGUUUCAACGGUCCACGAUCCUCCAAAGACUCGAUCGACUUUAGA